UUGACGAAUUCAGUCGCUGAAUACCCGAACAAAAGUGUGAAGUGACGGGAACACUUCACAUCCUGCUUCUGAUAUUUCAAAUGGUCAAAUGUGGCUCCUAGUUCUUGGCUGAACUGUUGCCCCCAAUGUGAAGCACCACGACCGAGAAUGAGCAAGCUUUCCCUGGGAGAUAAAGCUGCUUCAAGCAAAGUGAGCCGCUGGGUGGAUCCAUCCUUCACAGAUUUGCCAGGGGAACGCUUUUCUCUGUCUGGAAGGAUGAAGGGCAGCCAGGUUUUGUGCUCCAAGGCUGAACCAAAGAGACCCAGGAAGAGGAAAGGAGAGACCGGCAGCUCAGACCCUCAUGCGUCCCACCUGCUUAAAGAGUCAGCCCAGAGGGACCAAGAUGAACCUUGGGUGCACAGAUACUUGCCCUAUUCAAAGGCUGAGCUAGCUGUCCACAAGAAGAAGGUAGAGGAAGUGGAGAACUGGAUGAGACUUCACACAAACACACUGAAGGGUGGUAUCUUACUGCUGACCGGACCAUCAGGCUGUGGAAAGACUGCUACAGUCCAGGUUUUGUGUCGGGAGCUGGGCCUGAGGGUUCAGGAGUGGACGAACCCCACCAGUCUGGAGCCUUACACCAGCAGUCAGCAUGUGUGGAGGAUGAACGGCUUGUCCUGCACUUCCCAGUUAGCCCAGUUCCAGGAGUUCCUCCUCAGGGCCAACAAGUACAACUGUCUGAAGAUGGUGGGUGAUGGUGGAGUUACAGACAUCAAGCUCAUACUGGUUGAGGAUUUCCCAAACCAGUUCUACCGGCAGCCGGGCAGCCUGCAUGAUGUCCUGAGGCGUUUUGUGAAGACCAGUCGAUGUCCCCUGGUGUUCAUAGUGUCAGACAGUCUGAGUGGAGACAGUAGCUCACGCUUUCUUUUUCCUAGAGACAUCCUGGAGAAGCUGGACAUCAGCAGCAUCAGUUUUAAUCCAGUGGCUCCAACUACAAUGAUGAAGGUCCUGACUCGCAUUUCCACCCUGGAGGCAGGAAAGCAGAGCUGUGGGAGGAUAUGUGUGCCAGACCAGGCAGUACUGGAGAUGCUGUGUUCAGGAAGCUCGGGAGAUAUUCGCAGUGCCAUCAACAGCCUGCAGUUUUCCUCCCUCCCAGACACACCAUUGGAAAAGGGGCUGUGGAGGGUGAUGAAGGACAGACCUGUGGCUUCAUUGGGCAAAGCUGUUUACAGAACAAACCAGACGAAGAAUAAGUCCACACAGGCAAAGGAGCGGGAAGAAGGGCAGGCUAUAGGAGGGAAAGAUGCUUCUCUGUUCCUGUUCAGAGCACUGGGAAAGAUCCUGCACUGCAAACGAGGGAAUCCUGAAGGUGCUGAAGGAGCUGAAGGUGCCGGUGGACCUGGUCUACCAUCUCACCUCUCUCAACAUUACAGAGAAGCAUUACUCAUAGACCCUGAGUUGGUUGUUGAACGGUCACACAUGUCCGGAGAGUUCUUCAACCUGUACCUCCACCAGAAUUACCUGGACUUCUUCUCUGAGGUGGAGGAUGUGGACAAAGCCAGCGAGUAUCUGUCUGAUGCUGACCUCCUUACUGCUGACUGGAUGAGUCGCAGCACCAUGGGGGAUUAUGGAUCCUCAGUGGCCACCAGGGGGCUCCUUCACUCCAACUCUCAACAAGUUGCUGUUGGCUUCAGACCUCUGCACAAACCUAACUGGCUGCUGGUCAACAAGAAGUACCGGGAGAACUGCCUGACUGCUCAGUGCCUGUUCAGGAGCUUCUGUUUGACACAAGUCAGCCUCCAGACUGAACUACUGCCAUACCUUGCCAAACUCACCAACCCCAUGAGGAACCAAGCUCAGAUAGCUUUUAUCCAGGACGUGGGUAACAUGUCGCUGAGGAGGUUCCCUGGCAGGUUAAAACUGGAGGCUCUGACAGACAAAGAGCACGGCCAGCUCGAGUUAGACAGCAUGGAGGAGGAUGAGAAAGAGGAGGGUCAGGGAGGAGGUGAGAAGGGUCUGCCAGCCAGUCAGCCCCAACCCACUACAAGCCAAAUCCUUCUGGAGGAGGAGGACCUGAUGAUAGUGGAAUACAACAGUGACUAACACACACAGUCAUGACUUACAUCCACACUGUCAUACUGUGAGACUGUUUCACCUUUUCAUUGUCAAGUUUUGUUGUCUUGAUUUUUUUUUAUUGAGUGAUGGGCCUGUAUGGAGGAGGACUGGGGUUAACUAAUGCAUUCAGAUCUGAGAUUGAUUUUAGCAAUCUGAGGAAAAACAAGUCUGUUAUGAGUUCUGAGAUUAAUAACACAAUUCUGAGACUAAACUUGGUUCACUGUCACUUUUCUCUCUUUAAUCUUGAAGUCUUUUGACUUUUUCUUAAUUGUAAGAUUGAUCUUAGAAUGCAAAUAAUGUUUCCACAUGGCCCUGAUCCUCUGUAGUGUAAUGAUGACUGAAGCUCUGAUGUCCCCAGUAUUGUUGCCUCAUUGAGGUGACAUCUGCACAGGAUAUGAUCAUUUUUCAAACAAACUUGUUUUCUUGUCGAAACUGAAUUGAAUGUGUCUCUGUAGCCUGUGUAGGUUUACACAGGAUCAUAAUACUAUUAAAGGAUAGGUUUACAGUUCCUCAAGUCUAUCUUAAAACAAUACUCAUCUUUUUGUUGAGUUUUUGGUCACUGUAAUCAUUCCCCCUGUCCAUAUUGGUUGUGAAGAGGCCCCCUCCUAAUAUGAUUCCAAUUUAAAUGAUGAGGGACAAAAUACAUUCUACAGUUCAGCUGAAGCUGGUAUGAGACUUCAGUCUGAGUUGGACCAAUCAUGUAGGUGUCUUCCAAAAUUAUUUUUUUUAGUAUGAAAUCCCUCUUUGUGUUUCCACAGUGUGUCCUUGCUGAGUGUAAUAAUAGUAACAAAAAGAGGGACUUUUAUACUAAGAGGACUGUAACUUUGGAAGACAUCCUCUUGAUUUGACUAAUUCAAACUGCUGAAGCCUUGUAUCAUAUCAUAUUAUUCUUAUACUCUGUGGAUUUUGUCCUCCAACACUUCCAUUGAAAUUGUAUUAGGAUUGGAUCUGUUGAGGGCCAGUACAGACAGGAGAAACAUUUACAGUCACCAACAACUCUUUAAACUUACUUAUGGGUGUGUGAUUAUAGUUUUAAGGCAGACUGAAAGAAUGUGAACUUGUCCUGUGAAAAAUGGGGAUUAAUUGUAAUAAUUUCCCAAAGUGACCCUCACAAUUCAGUUCUGCCAGUUGAAAUAUUGUUUUAAAUGUACGGUCAGCAUUUGUUUUUCCUACUUAAAGUAUUUUUGUUUAGCUGAGCAGCUGUAGAGAAAGGCAGGGUUCAUUAAGCCAGAUUGCUCAGUCUUUAACUGAGAUCCUUUUUUUACUGUUUCCUGUGGAUGGAAAAUAAUAAAUAUUACAUUUAAUGCUUAUUGAAGGAUGUAUUGUGUAAAUCUAAAUAAGAAUGUGAAUAAAAAAUAUGUGUGUAAACCUCA